AUGUAUCCUCGGUAUAACCUUCAAACCGUCGCCGGUCAACCUUUGCAACUUGCCACCGCUGCUUGCCUCCAUGUUCUACCCAGCCAUCGUCGAUUCAGUUUCCCUUCGCUAAAGAGUCCGAAGAGUUUGUGUCUGGAACUAUGCCCUCAUCCCCUUCCAGGUUCGAGCAUCGCCGAAAAAAGAAAUCGAAGAGCCUCAUCUGAAAGCAACCAUAAAAAUGGCAAUUGUUUGUAAGUUGGAUGAACGAGAGAAGCAAGUAUACAAAGUUCGAGGUCAUUCAAGUUUCGUGUUUCUUUCCAACAAGUUUUUAGUUCAAUAGUAUUAUGUUUUGAGUACUUGGAAAACAUUUAGACAUAUUUUUUUUUUGAAGAUGGUUGUGAUUUAAAUGUAUUGAAAAUAUUGUUUUUAGACAAGUUUGAAUUGGUG